AUGAGUGUUGAAGUUGAAAUAAUCUCUACAGAAACGGUAAAACCUUCGUCUCCUACAUCCCAACAUCUUCGUCACUACAAUCUCUCCUUCAUCGACCAGAUAACUCCCCAAAUCAACAAUUCUAUGGUCUACUUCUUCAGUGCCGAUGACGUCAGAAACAAGUUUAACGUCAACGAAGCUUCCGAUGUUCUCAAGAAAUCGUUAUCUCAGGUCUUAACUCAUUUCUACCCACUCGCCGGAAGACUCAGAACCAACAACUUAGUCGUCGACUGCAACGACGAGGGUGUCCCUUACGUAGAAACCAGAGUCAGGUGCCACCUCAGCAACGUCAUCGACAACCCCUCUCCGGCCGACGUCAGCAAACUUCUUCCCUACGACAUGGAUGAAAUCGUCGACACAGUCCUGGGUGUCCAAUUCAACGUCUUCGAUUGCGGCGGAAUAGCCGUCGGAGUAUGCCUCUCCCACAAGAUCGCCGACGCGCUGUCGUAUUUCCAGUUCAUCAAAAGCUGGGCAGCCAUGACACGAGGCGAACCAGAACAAAUCAGAUCCCACUUCCAAUCUUCCUCACUCUUCCCGCCAAAAGACAUGUCAUCGGGAUCCGACCGGAGUUCUUCAACCCUCGGGAAGUACAAAAUCCUGUGCAAGAGGUUCGUAUUUGAAGCAUCUGUAAUAGAAUCUCUGAGAACCAAAUAUUCCAAAAUGAUGGUGAACGUUCUAGAAGGCCACAAACAACCCCUUUCAAGAGUAGCAGCCUUAUCAACUUUCCUCUGGACACGAUUUAUGGCGGCCACUGAGGAAGAAGAAGGGAGCAAAAAGAUUCACUUAGUGGGAUUCACAGCGAAUCUUCGCCCAAGAAUGGAUCCUCCAUUACCAGAAUAUGCGUUCGGCAACUAUUCCUGGUAUCUUCGAACUUCUCCGACGUUAGACGAACAAGGAGAGUGUAAGGACCUUGGAAUACUGCUAAGAGAAGAGCUGAAUAAGAUCGACAAAGAUUUUAUUGUGAAGCUCCGAGAAAGCGGAGGAUGGAACCCAGUAGAGAAUAGAGAAGAGAUUGUUAGAGCAAUUGAGAAAGGAGAGACUGUUCUCUUAAGUUUCACAUCAUUGUGUAGGUUUCCAGUUUACGAUGUUGAUUUUGGAUGGGGGAAUCCAACUUUGGCAGUACCACCUGCGUGGAAAUUCAAGAAUUCGGUGUCUCUUAAAGAUACCAAGUCAGAUGGUGGCAUUGAAGCCUAUAUCAGCUUGACCGAGGAUGACAUGGCUAAAUUUGAACGUGACGUGGAACUCCUUGCUCAUGUUUCUACCACGGGGUUGAAAUAA